AUGACACCAGUAACUUAUGAUGUUGAACAAUCAUCUAAUUACAAUUUUAUUAAUUUAAAGACGGGUCAAAAAGAAAUACCAUUUGGUGAAUAUUUAUUUCAAAGAGUACUUGAUUCAGGUACAAAAUCGAUAUUCGGUGUUCCAGGUGAUUUUAAUUUACCAUUAUUAGAAUAUUUAUAUGAACCUCAAUUAAUUAAUCAAGGUUUAAGAUGGAUUGGUAAUUGUAAUGAAUUAAAUGCAGCUUAUGCAGCAGAUGGUUAUAGUCGUUAUUCAAAUAAAAUUGGUUGUUUAAUUACAACGUAUGGUGUUGGUGAACUAAGUGCAAUGAAUGGUAUAGCAGGUGGAUUUGCAGAAAAUUCUAAAAUCUUACAUAUCGUUGGUGUUGCAAGAUCUAUUGAUUCAAGAUGUAAAAAUUUUAAACAAAGAAAUUUACAUCAUUUAGUACCAAAUUUAAUUGAUUCAAAUUUUAACGGACCAAACCAUAAAAUUUAUUAUGAAAUGAUUAAAGAUAAAAUUUGUUGUUCAGCAGAAUAUUUAGAAGAUAUUGAUCAAGUUUGUAAUCAAGUUGAUAAAGUUAUUAUGGAUAUUUAUAAAUAUUCUAAACCUGGUUAUAUUUUUGUUCCAGUAGAUUUUGUUAAUAUGACUGUUCCAAUUAAUAAUCUUUUAAAAACACCAAAAAUUAAUUUAAUGGAUUGUAUUAAACCAAAUUUUGAAGAAGAAGAAAACAUUAUUCAAAUAACUAAAUUAAUUCAAGAUUUAUUAUAUAAAAGUAAGACUCCAGCAAUUAUUGGUGAUGUUUUAACAGAUCGUUAUGGUGGUAAAGAAUUAAUUAAUAGAUUAAUUAAUGAAACACAUUUAUGGAAUUUUUCUUCGGUAAAUGGUAAAUCAAUAAUUAAUGAAUCUAAUCCAACUUAUAUGGGUCUUUAUAAUGGUGAUGAGGGACCAACAUUGGUUAAAGAAAGAUUUUUACAAUGUGAUUUAAUUUUAAAUUUUGGUGUAGAUAUAAAUGAAGUUAAUCAAGGCCAUUAUACUUUCAAAUAUAAACAAGAUUGUCAAUUGAUUGAACUACAUCCAAACUAUAUUAGAUUUAGUAAACCAAAUAUGGAUGAUGGUAAUAAAGAAGAACAAAUUUUUAAAGGAAUUAAUUUUAUUCAUAUUCUUAAAUUAUUAGUAGAAUCAAUUGAUGUUGGUCAACUAAGACAUCAAUACCCCGUUUCAAUUAAACCUUUCAAGACUGAAGAAUUAAAUUUUAACCAUGACCCCGAGUCUCAAAUUAUUACCCAAACAUACAUUCAAAAUAAAUUUACAACUUAUUUAAACCCAGGUGAUGUAGUAGUAUGUGAAACAGGUUCUGUACAAUUUGCAAUGCGUGAUUUAGUAUUGCCAAAUCAAUUGAAAUAUAUCUCUCAAGGAUUUUUCUUAUCCAUUGGAAUGGCAUUACCUGCAGCUUUAGGUGUUGGUAUUGCAAUGCAAGAUUUUCCUCGUUAUCAUUUAUCAAAGGAUAAUGAUAAUGAGAUACCAAAGGAUUAUAUUCCAAGAUUAAUAUUAUUAGAAGGUGAUGGUGCGGCUCAAAUGACAAUUCAAGAAUUGACAUCAAUGAUUAGAUUCAAUGUUCCAAUUGAAAUUAUGUUAUGGAAUAAUAAUGGUUAUACUAUUGAAAGGGCAAUUUUGGGACCAACAAGAUCAUAUAACGAUGUAAUGCAAUGGGAUUGGACUAAGUUGUUACAAGCAUUUGGUGACUUCGAUAAUCGUACAAACAGUUGUAUCAUUAAGACACCUAAAGAACUUGCUCAAAAAAUGGAACAAUUAAGAAAGGGUAAUAAGACGAAGAGUAUUGAAUUAAUGGAAGUUAAAAUGGAGACUUUAGAUUAUCCUAAACAACUAACACACAUGGUAGAGUCUGCAAAGGUCAAAAAAAUAAAACCGUCUACCAUAAUAUAA